AUGUCAAAACGCAACAGCGUGGCCGCCGCUAACGGCGCGGCCUCUUCCUCUCGGGAGACGGCCGUUGCUAGUCCUAGCCCGCCGGCGUCUUUCCCAGCAGUAGACAACAAGCAGAAACUGCUACUGUCCUCCGAUUCAGGCCACUUCUCCCUCAUUCGUGCCCUACACCUGGCAGACUAUAUCACUGAACUCAAUGGCCUUUGCGGUAUUCUCUCGGUCUUCUCUUCCAUGCGCUACUGUCUCGGCGACCCGUCAUCGCACGGCAACCUCUGGACAGCCCUCUCCCUCUUGCCCUUCGCAUUCUUCUUUGACUUCCUGGAUGGCCGUGUUGCGCGGUGGAGGAAGAAGAGCAGCAUGAUGGGGCAGGAGUUGGACUCUCUGGCUGAUUUGAUCUCUUUCGGCGUCGCCCCGGCAACAAUCGCCUUCGCAAUCGGUAUCCGCACGCCUUUGGACCAUCUCUGCCUUGGCUUCUUCGUCCUGUGCGGUUUGACCCGCCUAGCCCGGUUCAACGUGACCGCAACAGCCAUCCCCAAGGAUGCCUCUGGCAAAGUCAAGUACUUUGAGGGCACACCCAUCCCCACGACGUUGGCUCUCGAUGCGCUCAUGGCACUAUGGAUCUCGCGCGGGCAAAUACACGACUCAUUGCCCGGCGGCGUGUGGCUGGCAGGCUCGGUGCUCGAGGUGCACCCCGCGGUGCUGCUGUUCAUGGUGCACGGGUGUUUGAUGACCAGUCGGACGAUACGGAUCCCGAAGCCGUAG